GUUCCCUCAUGACGUAGGGUUUUAGGGUUUCCAUUUUAAGACGUGCGGAUUAUCGCAUUCCCCCUCGCAACAUAUCAGUAUGGCAGUAGCCAUCUGUGCUUGAGUGUUAGUUGGUGUUCGAUUUUGUAACUUUCCGUUUUAUUUUGAUUUGUUCACUGUCAUCGAAGGUUUGAGUUGGGAUGGCGCUGCUUUGCGGUUUGCCUUAGUUCGGAGUAUUUGAUUGUUUUCGUUCGCUGCAUUCCUUUUGCGUUUCGUUGAAUAGCUUUGACAAUGGGUUUUCGGUCGGUAAUUCUCUGUUUUAGAUGCUAUGGAUGCCCAAAAAGGUUUGGCCGAUCGGUAUGGAAGAUUGCAAUUGGAGGAGAAGGAUGGAGAUGAGGUAGACAUGCUAUUGCCUGAUUUCAACGAGAAUGAAGACUGGGAAGGAGGGAUGUCAGAGUGGUCCUUGGUGGGGAUGGUUCUAUCCGAUAAGGCAAUCAAAUUCUUGUUGUUCAGAGACACAAUGGCCUCAAUUUGGAGUCCUAGCAGGGGUAUUUCGAGCAAGGAUAUUAGUGAUAAGAUGUAUUUGUUUUCUUUUUAUCAUGAGAUUGAUAUGAGACGUGUUUUAGAGUAUGGUCUGUGGCUUUACGAUCAAAAUCUUAUUGUGAUUCAUGAAUUAACGCCUAAUGAUCUGCCUUUACAAGUUACUUUAUAUUUUUCGGAGUUUUAGAUUCAAGUGCAUAACUUACGAGUUGGGUAUUUGACUUUAAGGGUUGCUCAAAUGGUUGGUAAUAAACUUGGAAGUUCUUUAAGCUUUAUGAUCACAAGUUUCAGAGGAAAUGGAGGGCUUAUUUGAGGAGCAGGGUUUGUCUUUAUGUAAGGCAACAACUUCGGAAAUACUUGAAUGUUCAAAAGUCAAAUGGGGAUUGAUCAUGUGUAAACUUGAAAUAUGAAAAAAUCCCCAACAAAACACUUGUGGGCUUAUUGGUCAUGGUGAUAAGUUUUGUCCUCAGGUUUUGGGUAUUCCAAGUUCACCACAAUUGAAGGAAUAUGGUCCAGGGUUGCAGGCAUGUAGCGGGUUCAACAAUAAUAGUGGAGGAAAUAUAUGGCUGGUGGUGGCGAAUCCAAAGUAACAGGGAACUGAUAUCAAUGGGGGUGUUGAGGGAUUUACUCGAGAAAAUGAGAUCGUGUCCAUGAGCUAGGGAACUGAUGUUUUUGCAGGUGAGGCGUUAGAUCGAGUACAUCAUGAGAAAAAAGUGCAAGUAGCUGAGCAGAAGCGACACUGUUGGAGCGGUCAAGAGAGGCAUAUACAAUGAUGGAGGUUGAAAACAGUGGCGAAAAACAUGGAGUGGGGGUGAGAUCUGGACAACGGGCUCGCCCGACAAGUUGAAGAGGGAUGGAUCAAGCUCUCAGGCUUAGUUUUCUGCUUUAAGUUCGAUUUUCAAACUAGUAAUUUUGCUUUGGGUUUUGUUGGUUUUUGACUUUUCAGUUAGGACUCUAGGUCAUUUUUCAUUUGGACUUUUAGCUGAAGCAUCCGUUGUGUGGGUCUUCUGUGGGGAAAUCUUUCUGCUUUGGUCACAAUAGGCUUCAAGUUGCCCACUAAGUGGUUAGCGAAUUGUUGUGUUUGUAACACAAACAGUUCUAUGUCUAAUCCUAUGGCAGGUGACCGAAAUGGGAGGGCUUAUCUUCUUGCUACUCUGCGAGUUUCUAAUAUUCUAAUUAAGCCUUCUUUGUUAAAAAUAUCAACACAAAUAAGAGAUCUAGUACGUAUAUUUUACAAUUAUCAACUUCUACAAAUGUAAGGACUUUUUAGUAGUUCAAAAAAUAAUAAUAAUAUUACUUUUGUCUCUCAAAA